AUGGCGGCCGAUUCCGUCGAAGCUGCGCGCAUGCAAUUGGCGGCGCUCGACGAACAGCGGCAUGCACUGAAACAACGACUAGGAGAACUGGAGGCGCGGGAGGCGGCGAAGCGCAAGGCGGACGACGUCGAGGAGGCGACGAAACGCCGGCGCGAAUCUGACGAGCGGACGAAGAAGCAGAAGCAGACGGCGGCGGCGGGCGCGGCGCCCCGGGCGGCGGCGGCCGUGCCCCCGGCGCCCGCGGCGCCGGAAACGCGCCGCGCGGCCCGCGGGCCCGCAGCCGCGCGGCCCUCGCGAGCCCAGCGGUCCGCAGACCGCGAGGACGCGCCGAAGCUGCCGCCCGUCGAGCGGCAGUCGCGGCGCAGCGCGAAGCGCGAUCGCGAGGACCGCGUCGAGCAGAAGCGCCUCGCGCAGGAGCGCCUCGAGGAGGACGAGAAGUCGCGGUGGGGGCGGGAGUCGGCCUCCCAAGCGGAGAAGGUGCGGGGGCGGCUUUCAGGCCUCCGCGAGAAGAAUGACGGCGCGAAGCUCGGCGGCCCGCCGUCGUCGGUCGUCGCCGGGGCCCGGCGGCCCGGCGCCGGGCUGCGGCGGGCCGGGGGCCGCCGCGCCUGCCGCGACGUGACGAACGGCGAUUCCCCGCCGCCGCCCCAGGGCCCGGAGCGCGCCGGCGCGCCCGGUGGAAUUGACGACGGCGGCUCGCGCGACCUCAGCCGUCCCGGCGCCUUCGGCCGCCCGUUCGACAGCGGCUGCGGCGACGCCGGCUGCAGCGACGCCCUCUGCGACGGCUCCGGCCGCGGCGACGGCCGCUGCGCCGGCUCCGGCCGCGACGACGACGCGGGCGGCGUCGCGCCGCCCAAGGCCGCGACGCUCGGCGGGACGAAGGGCCAGGCCUGCUCGGCGCGCCGGCCGCCCGAGGACGGCGACGCGCUCCUCGUGCGCUGGGACAACUUUCGCGACGGGUCCGUGCGCGGCGGCUACUACCGGUGCAUCGUCUCGACGUGGGCCGCGACCGGCGAGCGCUACGUCCACGGCCGCGACCGCCACGCCGGCUGGUGGGACGAGCCCGUGUCCUUCUACCCGGACGAGGACGACUGGAAGCACGACCCCGCGGCCCAGGACGACGACGCCGAGCCGCCCGCGGCGAAGAAGCAGCGGCAGGCGACGCGGCGCUGGACCGACGACGAGACGCAGCGGUUGAAGGACGGCGUCGAGGCCCACGGCGUCGGGUCCUGGGGCGUGAUCCGCAAAGAUUUCGGCUUCCUCGCGUCGGGGGACUACGAGGGGCGGACGACUGCGCUUAUGAAAGCAAAAUGGCAAAAAUUGGAGAAGGCCAAGCUGCCCAAGGUCGCGCGGGAAUAUCGGCGCUGGACCGACGACGAGACGCGGCGGCUCGUCGAGGGCGUCGCGGCCCACGGCGUCGGGUCCUGGGGCGCGAUCCGCAAAAAUUUCGGCUUCCUCGCGUCGGGGGACGACGAGGGGCGGACGGGUGAUGACCUAUACUCGAAAUGGCAACGGCUCGAUCAGCGGGAGGUGCGGCGGCUGGCGCCCUGGACCGACGACGAGACGCGGCGGCUCGUCGAGGGCGUCGCGGAGCACGGCGUCGGGUCCUGGCGGAAGAUCCAGGCCGAGUGCGGCUUCAUGAAGUCGGGGGGCUACGGGGGGCGGCUGAUACCGGCCCUCAAGAGCCAGUGGUGGUCGCUGCGGUUGAGGUCGACACUGCGCGCCAAAGCCGAGGAGGAGAAGGAGAAGGCGAAGGAGAAGGGCAAGGAGACGAAGAAGAAGAGGUCUGGGAAGGAGACGCGGCGGGACAUGACGGAGGACGAGUGGGAGCAGCGGAAGGCGGCCGAGCUCAUGCGGCUGUCCGCGGAGAGGGAGGCGGUGCUCGCCGAUUAUGAUGACGACAUCACUACCCUCUUUUUCGAGUGCGAGGCUGAUUCAUGUGAAAAUGAUGGCUCGUCGCUGCCGUAUUAUGAUUUUUGCUGGAGAGUGGGGGAAGCACGGGUCGAGAUGAUGCGCGUCGCGGCGAUGAAGUACCAGGAGGCGAUCGCGCUCGGCCGCGACGGCGAGGCGGAACGCGCGGCGGUCGACGCGCUGCGCCGGAAGAGCUGCACCCUGUGCUCGCAGCGGCAGGUGGAGAAGACAACGAAGGCGCGCGACGUCGGAAAAGCCGUCUACAAGGCGACGACGAACGAGCUGUUCCUGAACACUCACUGCGUCGGGCCUUGGUGUAAAAACGACGUCACGGGCAAGACGUGGUUUUUCGACGCGGUGGGCAUGCGGGCGCUUUCGCCGGACCACGAGGACGAGGCGUCCAAGCAGACGCGCGAAUUCGUGACGAGAGACGGCAAGAAGAAGCGCCGCAAGGUCAAUCCUUCGGCGAAGCACGCGACGGUGGGCGCGGGCGUCGACGACGUCGUCGAGAACUGCGUCGGGCGCUGCAAAGUUUGCAACACGAUGAAAAACAUCCUCAACCUCCGAGCAGAAUCAAAACGUAAAGAAGAAGCUGGGGAACAUCUGACCGAGGAGAGAUACAAAACGAUGAAAGCGAACCGCGUCGAACGCAUGGAGUACGUCAACGAGAUGAAGAUCGGCUCCCGCUGCCGCUACUGCUCGUUGCUAUGUACUGCGGACAAUGUCGAGGGGUUUGAGUGCGCUCACAGGAAGGAGACGGAGAAGUUCAAGUACCAGGACUCUUCCGGAGGCAAUGGCAUGUGUGGCCUCGUCCGACGGAAUGUCGCGUUCACGCCCGAGGAGGCGGCGCGAAUCGAGUUCGAGAUGAACGACACCAACCCGGACACCUGCGGCAAUUGGGGCAAGAACACGGGCGACAUGCCCUCCAUCUCCUGCGUCGACUCGGGCCUCUACUCGUCGAACGGGGCCCUGUCCUCGGACGGGUGCCUCGUCGAGGAGUUCCUCAAGGGCACGGAGCCCGUCGGCGGCUACUUCGCGGUCUCGCUCGACACGACGGGCCACUCCGUCAUCAACCGCCAGGACGUCUUCACCGUCGCGGAGAGCGGCGGCGACGGCUCGUCCAUGGAGGAGAUGCUCGAGGCCAUGCCCAACGUCGGCGACAUCACCGUGACGCGGUCCGCCGUCAACGAGGGCGGCAACAACGGCGGCUUCACCUGGACGGUGACCUUCCUGCGCGACGCGGGCUCGAACGGCUACGGCCAGUUCGGCGACUGCGAGCAGCGCGGCACCGUCGACAACCUGUGCAACUCGCCCGGCGACGUGCCCAACUCGCUCACGGGCGACUGCUCCAAGACCGACGGCGUCCGCGGCGGCCUCGAGUGGCGCGUCGCGUUCCUCGAGAACCCGGGCUCCUACGACGGCUACACGUACCCGCCGGGCGCGGGCAACCUCGACUCCAUCACCUACGACACCUCGAACCUCCAGGGCACGACGCCCGCGGUGGUCAACGAGGUCCUGCGCACGGGCUCGACGCCCUUCAGCGGCACGUUCUCCGUCGCCUUCAACGGCGCCAAGACGGAGGAGAUGGAGCGGCAGGAGGCCACGGACGAGGUCGAGUACGUGAUCGAGAAGCUUGACACCAUCGGCGAGAUCCGCGUCGACCGCACGGACAUGGGCCUCCAGCGCAUCCCGGGCGUGGCGGCGACCAUCGGCCGCGACGGCUCGUCGGCGUCGCUCGUCUACGACGCGAGCUUCGGCGACUCGUACGACCGCGAGACGUCGCUCAUGGACUACCUCGCGCCCGGCGAGGUCUUCCGCCUCGGCGGCGUCGACGGCGGCAUCUACAGCUCGCACGCGGGCAAGGUCGACGGCUCGGAGAUGCUCGGCUCGCUCCUCGACUACUCGGAGAACGCGCCCGUGCCCAGGAGCGCCUCAGCGCCAUGCUCAGCUAUGCCCUCCGGCGCCGCCGUCGCGGCGACGACCGUCGUCGACGGCAACGCGCUCGGCGGCACGUUCGCGCUCCAGACCGCGGACGGCUACACGACGGACCAGCUGCCCUACGGCGUCAGCACGGGCGCCCUCGAAGCCGCGCUCGAGGCCCUCUUGGGCGUCGGCGCCAUCGAGGUCACGACGGGCUGGGAGCUCGACGAGUCGUCCGAGUACGGCAAGGCCUACAUGAUCGAGUUCACGACCGCGGAGGGCGACGGCGCGACCAUCUCCGGCACGCCGCCCUGCGACUACGUCGUGUCCGGUCUCACGAACAACACGACGGUCUGGAAGGUCGAGACCGCGGGCACGGGCGCGACGAACCCCAUCGUCGACGGCACCUUCGAGCUCACGCUCUCCGUGUCCGGCCAGUCCUACACGACGGACCCGAUCCCCUACGACGCCGUCGGCAGCGCCUUCGACGAGACGGGCGUCUACGAGACCCUCGUUGCGUCCGGCGCCGUGUCCGCGCGGACGUUCCAGCUGACCAACGACUCCUCCGUCGUCGUCGCGUCGGGCUCCCUCGCGGGCAUCCUCUUCGACAACGACCUCAUCCAGGUCGAGGGCCAGCGCCACGAGGGCGAGGUCUACCGCGUGUCGCUGCUCGACCCGUCGGGCACGACGUUCAACCUCACGAACCCCGCCACGGACGAGGCGCGCAUCUUCCUGGGCACGUCGAAGACGGCCGCCAAGGUCACGCGCGUCCACGGCGGCCGCGGCACGUCCGCGACGUCCGAGGUCUUCUGCGAGGAGGAGACGGGCUACUGCUCGAGCGGCGGCCGCCUCGACUUCUCCGGCUCCGUGGAGUCGAAGCUCGAGGCGCUCGACGAGCUCAUCGACGCCGGCGUCAACGUGAGCCGCUACGGCCCCGACGACACGAACGGCUUCUCCUGGUUCGUCACGUUCCUCGACGACUCGCCCGCGUCGUCGACGAACGACUUCGCGCUCUCGCUGUCGACGAACUCGCUCGAGGACUACAACGGCACGAUCGGCGGCGCCGGCGCGUCGGUCACGCUCACGCAGUGGCAGGCCGGCGAGACCUACUCGGACUGCACGGGCGUGUCCCACGUCGUGCCGUCCGACGGCAGCGGCCUCCAGAACGGCCUGCUCUACUACACGCGCGUCACGGCGAUCAACAGCGUCGGCUACUCGCUGCCCCAGGCGACGGACUCGGCCAUGAAGCCCGUGACGACGCCCGGCGCGCCGACGUCUGUCGUCUUGUCGACCGUGUCGGCGACGCAGCUCCGCGUCCAGUUCAGCAGCCCGGCGUGGGACGGCGGUGGCCACGAGAUCACGUCCUACCUCGUCGAGUACGCGAUGGACGUGGCCUUUGCGUCGACGGAGAGCGUCACCGAGUACUACGUCCGCGUCUCCGCGGGCAACAUCCAGGGCUACGGCACGCCCCAGUCGACGGCGCCGUCGAGCGCCGCGCCCUACGAGGAGAGCGGCGCGCCCAGCGACGUCGAGCUCGGCAUCACGUCCGACUCCAUGCUCACGAUCGGCCACGCGUACCCCCCCGACGGCGGCGACGACGACGACGUCGACGGCUCGGGCUGGUUCUACUCCGGCGAGCCGGCGUACGCGCUCAGCAUCGGCGGCGUCGGCAACCUCAGCGCCUGCGCCGAGUGGGAGCACCCGUGCUCCACGCGCCGCCGCAGCGAGUGCCUCGCCUGGGACGCCGAGGAGUACGAGGUCGAUGAGCAGAACGACCUGUUCAUGUCCGAGUUCCUCGACGUCGCCGACGGCGUCACGGGCACGCGCAAGACGGGCGUCGCCAACGCGCCGAGCGGCUACGCGUACAGCCUCGUCGGCGUCUCGCAGCCGCCGACGAUCUACGUCGACGAGAGCAACCGCUCCGCGCGGCCCUUCAGCGACGACAACGACGAGCACGUCGUCGCCGACGUCUUCCUCGGUCCGAACGGCACGGCCUUGUCCAUCUACACGCUCUCGAGCUCGGCGUUCUCCGUCGCCUUCGACGAGGCUCUCGGCGACCAGCCGGCCAUGCUCGCGGACGGCGCGUACCUCGCGGGCGGCGUCGUCGCGACCGUCGUCGAUGACGUCGUCCAGGGCUCCGCGGCGACGGGCAUCGUCCUCGAGUCGCUCCACGCGGGCAUGCCCCGCGGCUUGCGGUACUUCACGCGCGCGCGGAGCUCGUCGGCCGUGUCGCGCUGGCCGUCGUCGCGCGCGUGCACGAGGUGCUGCGGCUGGAGCGCGAGGAGCUCGUCCUUGGUCAGCGGGCCCUGGCACCUCACGAACGUGCACUCGCCCCAUACCGUGCUCGUGCCGGAGCAGAUGAGGCCGAACCGCGUGCCGGCCUUCUUCGAGAUCGUGCCCCGGAGGUCCACGGUCUUCUCGCCCCGCAGGAUCUUCUCGAGCCACUCGGGCUUGACGCAGAGGGCCACGUCCGGCCAGGCGCCCCGGGCGACGCGCGCCGUCGACGCCAGCGCCGCGUCCAUCAUCGCCACGAUCUGGCCUCUCGGACACAGCUUCGACGUCGCCUUCGUGGUGCUCGGCGAGCGCCGCGGCGCGCAGACCGAGGGCCUCUCGGGCAGGUUCGACGUCGACUUCGAGGCGGCGCCCUACGGCUCCCGGCCCGCGAGCAAGCGCGGCGCGAACGCGGCGCCGCCCGCGCUCCAGCUCGCCGCGUCGCACGUCUACGAGAUCCAGGUCCGCAUCUCGACGGCCGACGAGAUCGUCGAGACCCAGGAGCAGAUCAAGGCCGCGCCCAACGCGGCGACCCGCGGCCCUCUAGAGGCCUCGGCGCCCCAAGACCCAAGAGGCGCGGCCCCACGAGAGUGCCCCCUAGGAAACCCCUCCGCACCGUGA